UACUCCCCUUCGCCGACAACUUACAAAGACACAAAAUGGAGCUGAAACUACCUGGCUGAGGAAAAGUACAGUUGCGCUCAAUAUUAUGCAUAAGACGAAGUUUUAUUUAAGUCUCUAAGGAAAUAAUAUUAAAAUAAGUCGACUGACACCUUGAGGAAAGAGGAUUCAAAAUGUUCUGGACCUUAAUCAUCGCCGCUUUAGUGGCAACAGAGUCCACCAUGGCCAUCUCGGUCCAGUGCCCCACCAAGAGAUACAUCGUCAUCCUCUUUCAGGACGUCACCCUUAACUGCAACUACCAGACUACCGCCACUCAGUCUCCUGUUGUCACGUGGAAGUACAAAUCAUAUUGCCGGGACCCCAUCCAGGCUGCGUUUAGUCCAAGCAGUGCGGAGAGCAUCUUGUCUCAGAACAACCCCAACUAUGACCCCAACAUCGAGUGUGCCGAUUCCCAGAGGACGGUGCGCAUAGUGGCGUCCAAACAAAAUGCUGCCGUUACCCUCGGUUCAGACUACCAGGGGCGCAAGAUCAGCGUCCAGAACAAUGCAGACCUGAACAUCGCGCAGACGGCAUGGGGCGACAGCGGUGUCUACGUCUGUUCUGUGGUCUCCGCCCAGGACCUUUCCGGAAACGGGGAAGACUACACAGAGCUAAUUGUUCUUGAGAGAAAGUCAAAUACUACUGACCUGCUGCCUGGUAUUGACUUGCUGGUUAUGGAAGACUGGCUCCUGGUUGUUUUGGUGGUGUUUGGCUUCUUGCUGCUGCUGCUGCUGAUCGGGAUCUGCUGGUGUCAGUGCUGUCCGCACACCUGCUGCUGCUACAUCAGCUGCCCCUGCUGCCCCGAGCGCUGCUGCUGCCCACGGGCCUUGUACGAGGCAGGAAAAGCAGUGAAGAAAGGUGGAAUUCCCAUGAGUCAGUAUGCUCCCACCCUCUAUGCUCGCAGUAUGUACGGUCAGCCUGGAUACGGUCAGCCUGGUAUGCCCAUACUUCCUGUCCCCAACGGAGCCGGGUACCCACCUCCCCAUAACGGUUACAGUCGUGAAUACGAUGCCGCUAGCUCUGUUGGACAGGGCUCCCAGGUGCCUCUGCUGCAUGGCCAAGACGGUGGGGGGGACAACACUCGCAGUGGGUAUCGUAUCCAGGUAGACCCCGAUGGUAAUGCUACACGUGCCAUUUACUAUAUGGAGAAGGAGCUGGCAAACAUGGACCCAUCCAGACCCGGAAACUACAACCGCAUGGAUAAUAUGACCGAAGUCAGUUCCCUGCACGACGGCCUGGACCCUCGGGGACACGGGGGUCGCCCCCAGCCUGCACCUCUGGCCACGGUUUACGACAGGGAUGAAGCCAUGAGCACCAUCAGCAGUGUUUCACAGCAAGGCCAGCGCCGCGACAACUACCCGCGUCAAGGUGGAGGGUACAUGGGGGACCGUGUGCGUGCCCGCUCCAUGGACAACCUCGACGACAUCGGGUGGCGCAACGGCCGCGAUGACCCCCCGCCCCGCCGCCCAGACGAGUUCAGAGGCAGGAGAGGCUCGGAUGACGGGUGGAGCAGCAGCGCCCGAAGCGGCAACAACCGCGACAUCGAAGACCGCCGGCGCCGUGACUACUCCCCAGAAGACCGUGGGAGAGGACAAGGCGGCGGUGGCUACGGCGGCCUCCCAGGGAGACGCAGUCGCAGCCGUGACGACCUGAUGGCCCUGGAGAGAGAUCGCCGCCCUGAAGGAAACGCCAGGGGGAGGCGAGAAGAUUAUGAUGACAACUUCCUGCGAGAGGCCAUGGAGAGGAAGAAGAUGGGCGAGCAGCAGAGGGCGCGCAGCCGGGAGCACCUGGACAGCGAGAGCGACCGCUCGGACCGGGGCAGGGUGCCGCGCGGGCCCCCCCCACUCCCCCAGGUCCCGGCCUCCGGACACCACGGCCGCCGUGACGAUUACCCACCGCCUGCACCGCCACCGUACAGUGACGAUGAAAGUAUGUCAUCCUCAAAGAAAAGCAACCUCCGCAAGAAUGGAGCUGUGAGCAGGGAGAGCCUUGUGGUGUAAAAACCAACAUUAACAGGAGCAACCUGUCCCAUGAUGGACCAGUUGAUCUCUGAGACUGUAAAUAUGAAUACACUGCUAAUUUGAUGUGCUGAUUUUUUGAUGUUGCAUAAUUUACACUAAACUAGAAUGCUGAAUGUAUAAGUAUACUUAUCAGGGAAGAGGUGCACAGAUGAUAUGUAACGUGCCUUUUCAUGUAUUACACAUUGUGGCUGCCACAAGUGCCUUAGAGUGUACAGAAUUUAACUUGCAGAUGUGAAAGUCAAGUUGAUAAACAAUUCUCUGUAAAUGUGUUUACAUCUUGACGAUUAACAUGUCCCAAUUGGUUUCAACUUUUAACGUUUUUACCUUUUAUGUCGUUUCAGUGUACUUAUUUAGAUUUUUAGGGGUCUAUAGAUUUUUUUCUGGCUUUUUACUUGUGAUAAAAUGAAUAGUUUUUAUAAGAAAAAUGAUGUACAUUUUAAAGGAUUUUAUUUUAUCUGCUUUUUGUUGUGUUUGAGUGAGCUCAAUGUAUUUAGAAAUCUGGAGAACAAAACUGUCUCGGUUAGAAUUUGUGUUUCACCUUUUUAUUUUUGGUUUUAUUUUCUUUACACAAUAUUUCCCUUUUCUAACCUUCAGUAUGUUGUACAGUUAACCAGUAAUCCACUCUGAGAACUCAAAUGUUUAUUGUGAUGUGAUGAAACCUAAUUUUACAAUAAAGGUCUUUGCCAGACA